UUGGUGUGUUUGUUUAUUUAUUCGGAUAAUCCUUUCUCACUUUCUUUCUCUUCCCCUCUUUCUUUCUUUCUUUAUUUCUUUCUUAAUUUCUCUCACACUUAUUCUUUCUCUCUCAUGAAUUUCCCUCUCCUUUCUUUUUGUCGUUCAAUAUUUCUUUAUUUCUUAAUUUCUCUACGCAUUUUUAUUUAUAUCUUUUUCUAUUGUUAUUUCUUUUUCUUAUUUUUUCUUUCUUUCUUUUUUGUAAUUUUAUUUAUUCUUAAUUUAUAUAUUUUUCUAUUUUUCUCAUUUUAUUCUUUCUUUCUUCGUAAUUUUAUUUAUUCUUCAUUUCUUUCUAUUUCUGUUUUUUCUCAUUUUCUUUUUUUCUAUCUUUUUUUCUUUCUGUCUUUAAUAUUUUCUCAAUCUUCUUUCUUUUCGUCCUAUUUUCUUCCUUUAAUCAUUUUCUUCAAAUCACCCUUUCUUCUUUCCUUUCCAUAUUUCCCGCCGACUAUUUACCACUUUUCGCUUUUGAUAUCUUCUUCCAAUCUUUCUAUACCUUUCAUUAUAUCAUUUAUUUGUUAUUCAGGUCCUUCCUUGAGUUUUUUCUUCUUUAUGGUACUUACCGACAUUUCUUUCUUCCUUUCUACUCUCUUUCGUCGGCAGCAAAAGAGCAAUUAUCUUAAGUUCCAUUUCGCACACAUUUUCUCACCUUUAUUCAAAAACCAACCCUCUUCUUUUAUUCUCCUCCUUUUUAUCUCCACCUCCCUGGCUCUUUCCAUCGCAAAAAAAGGACAGCUGCGUUGA